AUGUCUGGACGUGGAAAGGGAGGCAAAGCCAAGACCGGAGGAAAGGCGAAGUCCCGAUCUUCAAGAGCCGGACUUCAGUUCCCUGUAGGUCGUCUUCAUCGUAUUCUCCGCAAGGGAAACUACGCUCAACGUGUUGGUGCUGGAGCUCCAGUCUACUUGGCCGCCGUCCUCGAGUACCUCGCUGCUGAAGUUUUGGAACUUGCCGGAAACGCCGCCCGUGACAACAAGAAGAGCAGAAUCAACCCACGCCAUCUGCAAUUGGCCGUCAGAAACGACGAGGAAUUGAACAAGCUUCUCGCUGGUGUCACCAUCGCUCAAGGUGGUGUCCUCCCCAACAUCAACGCCAUCUUGUUGCCCAAGAAGACCGCCGACUCCCAAGCCUAA